AUGCGAUUUUUGACACUCCUGAUCAGUCUUCUGGCAAUCCUCGGAAUGUCGUUGGCUUCUUCCCGACGCUCAGGGAUCUCACAAGAUUAUAAUGAUGACUUCCUUGCCAGCCCAAUGUUCAAGCGUCAUGCUGGUGACUACAACUGCACCAUUACUUUGUUACGUCAUUUGGAUGAUGUGAUGGAUGUCAUGAAAACUGAUCGCGUCAAGUUGCCAGCUCUCGUUGUCAAUGGAACAGAGAUGGACUUCUACUUCUACUCUAAGGAUACGGUCAAAACUGUGAGAGCUGCCAAGGGUCUCAGUGCCAAAAUGAUUUCUGCUAAAGGGAAAAAAUUCAUAAUGGAAGGAAUCGCAAUUUUCACCGAGUCUUCAGAGCACAUGACCAACUCUUACCUCACCAAAAUGAUUCUGGAAAAGGAAGCAACUAGCGUCAGUGGAUUGAAAAUCACCAAAAUUGUCAAAUGCACAGAUGCACAAUGCGACAAGCCCGAGAAGUUGAUUUGA